CUCUCAACGGACCCUUCCUUCGCCAAAUCCUUUCCACACUCCUCCAUGCAUGCUGUCGCAAUCUUUCAAUGGCUUCAAUCCCAAUUCGCGCAGUCCGUUGUCGCGAGAACGUCACGUCGCCAGACGGCAACAUUCCCGGUAGAGUAUUUGAGGGGGUUCUUGAAAUCGACGGGGUAUUUGAAAUGGCUCGUGCGUACGCCUCACCGCCUAUUUCUGAUUGGUCAGGAUCAACGAUUCUGCUGUGAACACCCAAAAAUCAGCUCGCCCCUACGCCCCGUGGCCCCUUAUUCCUAAUACACCCACUUACCAUGCUGCUAUUGCACUGUGGACAAGCCAAAGAACAGAUUAUACAGGACGCCAUCAGUGGACAUCAAUCUGAAUAUUACGGGAGCCCCUCAGCUAGCGCAUUCGCCUAUGGGAUACACCCGGAUACCAUUCUCAAGCGCAUCAACAGAAAACGCUAAUCUCACCAAGAUGUACAUAAAUUCCAACAGAAGUUAAGCCCCAAAUCAGAAUUAGCAGUUGAAAGAUACUGUAUAUUACUCCUAGAGCAUAGAUUCUUAUUAAAAAAGUUAUAUAUCUAUACUAUUGCCCUAGUAUUAAGGGUGUUAUUUAAUGCAGCGUGAUGGACGUGCAGUACAAAAA